GGAAGUUUUCAGACAGGUGUUCAUUACAAAGGUAAACACAGGUAUAUCAUCUCGGUGUGAAAGCGAAAGAGAACUGGUUGACCAAAAUGUGAUCCAACCUUGAUGUGUUAUAAAUAGUUGAGUCACUAUGGCAACUACAGCAAUCAGCAACAUUUCGGAUGUUGUUUCCUGGGUAACCUCGAGUACAGCCAUUGGACAGAGCUCCCGCUGGAGUGUCACCAACAAUGGAACAGACAACUCUGUCAAACCAACUGGACUUACCUCAAAUAACCAGACAGGUAUCAUUGCCAACAACACGACCCCCACAUGGUGGAACUUUAACCCGACAGACGACGAGACUUCCUCCAAGAUCAUGAGCCCUAAGGACGCGACAAUGUUUGUGGCGCUCAUCAUCAUGGGGGUCGUAGUGCCGGCCAUCUUCGUUUUCUCCUUCUGCAUGAUUUUUUGGAGGCGUUACAAACAGCAGCGAGAAAGAAGGGAACAGAUGUUGUUACAGAACUCCCAGGAGGUUCCCAUGGACACAAUACCAUAUCAAUUGCAGGCACGGCUGGAGGCGGGCAUCCUCUGACCAAAGGAAGCCAUAUCACAUGCAGGCACGGCUGGAGGCGGGCAUCCUCUGACCAAAGCAUGGACAUCUAACGUAUUGUGUAUCUAUUGUGGAUAUUCAAAACAUAUGUAAGAUGGAGCUCCAACAUCUAGAUUCCAUGUUUAUUUAAGGUUUACAUAUUUCGGCUAGCUAGGCUAGCUGUCAUCACAACCUUCAUCUUCUGAUGCCUGCUAGCCUAUAGCUAGCCAAAAUAUGAAAACCGUAAAUAAAACACAAUCUAGAUGUUGACACUCCAUCUUAUAUAUCCUUUGAAUUUAUCUUCUGAUAUGGAACUCUACUAAAUACCGUUAGGUAUCCAUCUCUGAUUCGUAUUACCACCAACUUUCGACCAUCAACAACCAGCCUAGGUUCUCCUCCACUCCGAGUUUUUCUACUGUGGAUACAUGUAGUUACGGUAGAGGAAUUCUACAGGAGAUGAGUCACUAGGCACUAUGUACAACCUAGGGAAAACUCAAACUUGUAAUUGGCAUCUUUUGAGCUGUUCUGUCAAAUUGAAAUCAUCAGAUCUUAGAGACUAGGAAUAGUUUAGCAAAUUCCCUGGUUGAAAUAGCUCAAUUUUAGGGUCCAAAGGGGGAAGGUUGGCCAGUAUGUGGUUGGGAAUCUCUCUUCAUGGUGAAAGCAUCUAUUCCACUCUUAUGUACAAAGAAUAUAAUUCAAUGUUUAUUUGUCAGGGUAGAUUGUUUUUUCGAAUGAGAUAUUUAGCCUGGCCGUCUUCAAAUGGGAACAAAGUUCCUUCUUCAGACAUAUUUGGAACACCAAUGUUUAUAUAUAUAUUUGUAUUGUGUAUAUCAAGGUAACUUAAUUAUUGUCUGAUAAAGUGAUCAAAGUGUCAAUAUAGAAAUGUUUGUAGUAAGUCAGAUGGUUGUUCGGACAUAAAACGAAAUAUAUCUCAGUGUUAGCGCUGUGUAUGUCAUAAAUGGCUUACCUGUCAAUAAAAACAGUCAUCUGUAUAGUCAUGAACUGCAGAAUUGAAAAAUGGAUUCUUUUGAAAUUCCAUGCUUAGAAAAUAUGAGAAUACCUUUACCGAAACCCUUUAUCAUAUAUGUUGAGAAUUGGUGCAUAUUUUGUUCAUUGCUGUAAUAUACAUUGUAUGACCUUUACUUUAUUUACUCUAUAUAUCCAGGGAGUAAGUCCUCUGUCAUCCGUGUGUUAGUCUGUAAACUAAAACAGUACAGAGAAAAUAUAUUUACCUCAGGAAACCAGUUUUGCAUCAGGGAACCAGACACUUGCUAAACCAUUACUUUAACCUUUUCAUUUUGAAAAAGAACAUCACAUAAAAUGUCGCGAUAUUUUUAAUACUGUACGAUACACUAUUUGUGUUUGUUAAGUCACGAUACACCUAUGAUGUUUUCAGGAUUUUGUCGUUUCUAAGUGAAGUCUAUUUCCAUUUGUAAAAUUGCAAUUAAGAAUUUAAAUGUC